GGAGAACUGCCAACAAAAGGGCUCAUCAGGACAUUUAUCCGUUGAUUAAAUGAACUGUACAAUGGUGAACUGGCCUAUGCAUUGCAUUGGUUAGAUUCAGUGGACCAAAGGCCAGACCUUAAGCUCAAGCUUCCGUUAUAAACUCCGGUUUCCCUUUUUUUAUUUCUUCAUCCUCAAUCUUAUUCACUUUCGGUUAGAGAUCUAUUUUUAUAAAAAUGGCCAAAAUAAAAUCCAUCGAAUACUUCCGCGUCAAGCCGCGUUGGAUCUUUGUCAAAAUCACCGAUGAAAACGGCGGAUAUGGCUGGGGUGAGGGUACACUGGAAGGCCACGACCUCGCUGUAGAAGGUGCUCUAGACGAAAUGAUUACCCGAUUGAUUGGAUAUGAAGCUGAUGACAUUGAACACAUCUGGCAAACAAUAUGGCGUCUCGGUUUCUACCGAGGAGGUCCUGUCUUCAUGUCCGCUCUUUCCGGUAUCGAUAUUGCACUAUGGGACUUGAAAGGACGCAAUCUCGGCGUCCCGGUUCAUCAGCUUCUAGGAGGGAAAGUGCGCAAUAAAGUGCAGGUCUACGCUUGGAUUGGCGGUGAUCGACCCGCCGAUGUUGAAGUUGCUGCCAAAGCCCGCAUUGCCCAAGGCCUGAAAUGUAUUAAAAUGAACGCCACCGAAGACGUAAACUGGCUCGACUCCCCCGCCGUCCUCGACAGCACUGUCGAACGUCUCAAAACUGUCAAAGCCCUGGGCCUCGACGCCGGUCUCGAUUUCCACGGCCGUCUACACAAACCCAUGGCCAAGCAACUCGCCAAAGCCCUUGAGCCAUAUCGCCCGCUAUUCAUUGAAGAGCCUCUACUUUGCGAACAUCCUGAAGCUAUCAAGCAGCUUUCGGAAUUGACUACUAUCCCCAUCGCAUUUGGCGAAAGGCUAUAUACCCGAUGGGACGUGAAACGGUUCUUGGAAGAUCAUUCGGUUGACAUUCUUCAGCCGGAUAUUGCGCAUGCAGGCGGUAUUAGCGAGACACGCCGCAUUGCCGCUAUUGCAGAGGCUUACGACGUCGCUAUUGCGCCUCACUGUCCUCUAGGACCCAUUGCCUUCGCUGCAUCUAUUCAGGUUGCGUUAAACACGCCCAAUUUCGUGAUUCAGGAAAUGUCGUUGGGUAUGCACUACAAUACCGAGGCCGGGGAUAUUGAUUUGUAUACGUAUUUGAAAGAUCAGUCAACCUUCCAGAUUGAGGAAGGAUACGUCAAGGCGCCUACUGGGGCUGGAUUGGGUAUUGAGAUUGAUGAGGAGUUGGUGAGGAAGAUUGCAAAGGAGACGGAGCCGUGGAAAUGUAAGGAGUUUUAUGGUCCUGAUGGAGGUAUUCGCGAAUGGUAAUCUAUGUUAUUGUCCCAAAAAUUAAUUACCUUCAUACGCAUAGAGAUUUGAUUGGAAAUGACUAAUCCCAAGUACUCUUC